AUGAUCCAGCACAUAGCGGAGUGGGAGGUUGCUGCGGCUGUUGUUGCGGAGCCGUAUUACGUCCCGCAACAGGCGAAUUGGGUGGGUGACGGGGCUGGCACGUUGGCCUCGGUGGCCAUUGUGGUCCCGGUCAUGGGCGGUCUGCCCCUCUCCAGAGUUUCUACGGGCUCUGGUUAUGUGGUGGCCAAACUGGGGGACAUUUUAUUGAUUGGGGUCUACUUCUCCCCAAAUAGGCCACUACAUGAAUUUGAGGCCUACCUGGAGAGGCUCGGACGGGCAAUGGCUGGGUUGGCGCCCUCCCCCAUAAUGGUCCUGGGGGAUCUAAACGCCAAAUGCGCUGCCUGGGGCUCCCCCAGGACCGAUCCUAGAGGAGCGGCACUUCUCGAUUGGUUGGUCGGGCUCGGGCUCGAAGUGGUCAACCGGGGCACAGCAAACACCUGCGUGCGCCUGGGGGGAGGUUCUGUUAUUGACAUAACAUUAGCCUCCCGGUGGUGGCAGCACGCGUGGUGA